AUGGGAAACUUACUCCUCAGACUGAAGUGUCGCCACCUGCGCCGCCAAAUUGUUAACUUUCACAGGCGCCGACUGUCAGUCUCUCUUUCUCUCAUCUCUCCCUUUCUCAACCCCCGCUCUCUCUCUUCAGUGUGUCCUCGCCAGUUCCGCUGUGGGGAUGGGAGGUGUGUUCCUCUCAGGAAGGUGUGUGACGGAGUCAGAGACUGUUCAGAUGGACGGGACGAGGCUAAAUGCUCGACCUGUCGUCCAGGUGAGGUGUAUUGUGGGAACGGUCAGUGCCGGCCUCACAGCAGCCAAUGUAACAGCCAGAGUAAAUGUGGAGAUAGCAGCGAGGAGGCCGACUGUGCAGGUCACUGCUACCACAUGUGCCACAACAAGGUGUGUGUCUCCAAGUCCUCCGUUUGUGAUGGUGUCAUAGACUGCAAGGACCGCAGUGAUGAGAUCAACUGCACUAAAGCAUUCCAUAAGGGCUGCUCUCCAUCCUCCUAUAAGUGUGCCAAUGGGAAGUGUGUGAAUAAGAUCAACCCAGAGUGUGACGGCAUCAAAGACUGUUCUGAUGGAUCAGACGAGACGCGCUGCGGUUGUGGCACCCGGCCCAGGAAGCGUGCUAAGAUAGUGGGCGGGUCUGAUGCGGGGACGGGGGCGUGGCCGUGGCAGGUCAGUCUACAGAUGGAGCGCUAUGGGCAUGUGUGUGGAGCGACCCUGGUCACCAGCCGCUGGCUCAUCUCUGCUGCACACUGCUUCCAGGACUCUGACACCAUAAAGUACUCUGAUGCGCGGUCUUGGCGUGCCUACAUGGGCGUGCGUGUGAUGAACACGGCCAGCAACGCUGCAGCCACCAGACAGAUCCGUCGUAUCAUCCUCCACUCCCAGUACGACCAGUUUACCUCUGACUACGACAUCGCCCUGCUGGAGCUCAGCACCCCUGUCUACUUCAAUGACUUGGUACAGCCCGUCUGUGUCCCCGCCUCUUCCCACGCCUUCACCACCGGGACUAGCUGCCACGUCACGGGCUGGGGGGUCCUGAUGGAGGAUGGUGAGCUGGCAUCUCUGCUGCAGGAGGCCACAGUGAAGAUCAUCAACAGGAACAACUGUAACAAGCUAUAUGAGGACGCUGUCACUCCCAGGAUGCUGUGUGCUGGCAACCUGCAGGGAGGAGUGGAUGCCUGUCAGGGUGACUCAGGGGGUCCUCUGGUGUGUCUAGAGAGGGGUCGGCGGUGGUUCCUGGCGGGGAUCGUGAGCUGGGGGGAGGGGUGCGCUCGGCAGAACCGCCCUGGAGUCUACACACAGGUCACCAAGUUCACGGACUGGAUCCACCUGCAGACUAAAGGACAGGUCUGACAGACUGGCAGACUGACAGACAGACGUCUGGAUGACAUCAGCAUGUGAACAGACUCAGUGGCUGGCACCAUGUGACUGUAACGGGGGUAAAAAGACAUCACCACGCAGCCCCUGUUUUAUGAUUUAUACCAGGCCCCAUGUCACUGACAUCAUUAUCAACUGUUACUCCCCACCCCAUCAUACCCACCCCCUCUUCAUGUAUGGCCAAGCACCUCUCUUUGUCCUCCUGACUGCUCCUCUCUCCCCACUUGUCCCUUAUCAUUCCAGUGGUCUGUCUGUCCUGACUGUUCCCCUCUCUCCACUUCCCCUGUCCCCACUCCUGAUCAUCCCAGUGGUGUAUUUGUUCUCUGUGAAGUGACCACUUGGAGAUGAUGAUGUGCCUGGUUUAUCUCAUGUCCACACUGCACACAGCAAUUGAAGUGGAAUGAGUUUUCUAUGUCGUAGUACAAUGUGCUGUAGCGAGUGUGUUAUUAUGUCUAUUUACAUUGUGUGUGCAUGGCUGUAUUUGUGAACAUAUGUACUGUAUCAUUGUAUGAAUAUGUACAGUACCAGUCAAAAGUUUGGACUUCUCAUUCAAGGGUUUUGCUUUAUUUUUUACUAUUUUCUA